AUGUGCAGAGGAAAUGAAACGAUAGAAGAGAGCAUUAGCCAGAGGUAUGUGACUCAGCACAAUAUUAGCCAAAGCUCGGAUCCGAGGCUGUUUGAUAUUCGCUGCGCGCAGCACGGGCCAGCGAUGCCUCCGGCCGCACCACCGGCGUAUAUUAAACUACAAUAUAACCGCGUCGGAACAAAGAAUAAGGUGAUAAACGAUUGA